GCACAGUGUCAUCAGGGCCGCGCAACGCGGUGUGCAUUGAGGUUGACAUGUCUUCCGGUCCGUGUGUAUUUCAGGAUAUCACCUGGGAACAUCAUGAUAUCCGACAGUGAGGUAUAAAAGAUGGAUGUACCUCCUCGCGGCUGCUGGACUGGUGGCCGUCGGUCCCAUUGGUGCCUCUGGUGCCAACGGAUACUAUCAGGAGCCUUCUGCCAGCGCGUCCUUCACGCAAUACUCUGGCUGCGGCUCCCCUGCGUGCGGCAUACCAGCGACCGGAUACACCGCCGCGAUGAACCAGCUGUCCUUCGGCUCCGCGCCUGGAUCAGGCCCUGGCGACGCCUGCGGACGUUGCUUUCAGCUCACGGGCAGCGCAGAUCCAUACAGCCCGGAUUACUCUGGGCCAUUCAAUUCCAUUGUCGUCAAGGUUACCGAUUUGUGCCCUGCGUCGGGGAACGAGGUGUGGUGCGGCCAGACUACGUCGGACAGCGAGAACCAGUAUGGGAUGCCAGUGCAGUAUGUAUCGCGUAUACGACGUGAUGGAACGGCGGCGAGUAUCGACUCGGCGCGACGCAGGUGCUUGAGGGUCGGGGCGCAGACCGGAGAGCUCGGGAGGAAAACUCUAAGCCUCGAGGCUACCGUCUAAGGCGGGCGAUGUACAGCCGGCGAUAAGCGCCGGCGCGAGCAUACGACGAGGACCGCAUAUCGGCCUCGAGUCUAAGUCCCAUCGCGGCUGCGAAG